GAUAGAAUCUAAAAAUCAGUCUUCCUUCCUGCUUUCUUUCCAUCACAUCACGUCCAUCACUCCAAAAUUUCAUCAGUAAAUAUCUAGGGUUCCAACGACAGAAAAGAACAGUUAAGACAAACUAACAUUGAUGUUCAAUUGACAUUGAAAAAAAGCACACCAAGCAUGAGCAACAGUGAAAAGAAACGAUUAAAUGGAGAAACUGGUGAAGAGGAUGACGAUGAAGAUGAUGUAGAUGGUGAUCUUGAUGCGUGGGAGAGAACUUACACUGAUGAGCGGUCGUGGGAAGCUUUACAAGAAGAUGAGUCUGGUCUUCUUCGUCCUAUAGACAAUAAGGCCAUCUACCAUGCUCAGUAUCGCCGCCGCCUUCGUGCUCUGUCCGCCACUGCAACCACAGCUCGUAUCCAAAAGGGUCUCAUUCGCUUUCUCUACAUUGUUGUCGAUCUCUCUAGAGCAGCAGGAGAGAUGGAUUUUAAACCAAGUAGAAUGGUUGUGAUUGCAAAACAUGUUGAAGCCUUUGUUAGGGAGUUUUUUUAUCAGAAUCCACUUAGUCAGAUUGGUUUGGUGACUAUUAAAGAUGGGGUUGCACAUUCUUUAACAGAGCUUGGUGGAAGUCCCGAGUCUCACAUUAAGGCUUUGAUGGGCAAGUUGGAAUGUUCAGGUGAUUCCUCACUACAAAAUGCUCUAGAUUUUGUCCGUGUAUAUCUAGAUCAAAUUCCAUCAUACGGUCAUCGCGAAGUUCUCAUCUUGUAUUCAGCUCUGAGUACCUGUGAUCCUGGAGAUAUAAUGGACACUAUCCAGAAAUGUAAGAAAUCUAAAAUUAGGUGCUCAGUUAUUGGGCUUUCUGCAGAGAUGUUUAUAUGCAAACAUCUUUGUCGAGAAACUGGUGGAUUAUACUCUGUUGCUAUGGAUGAGGGCCAUUUUAAAGAGUUAAUACUGGAGCAUGCACCACCACCUCCAGCAAUAGCAGAAUUUGCAAUUGCUAACUUGAUCAAGAUGGGUUUCCCACAAAGGGCAGCAGAGGGUUCUGUCUCAAUUUGUUCUUGUCAUAAAGAAGCUAAAGUUGGUGAGGGUUACAUUUGCCCAAGAUGCAAGGCACGUGUAUGUGAGCUUCCUACUGAAUGCCGUAUUUGUGGAUUAACACUUGUUUCUUCACCGCAUUUGGCAAGGUCGUAUCAUCACCUCUUCCCUAUUACACCAUUUGAUGAGGUGUCUCUGCGCCAAAAUGAACUACAUAACAAGCUACCUAAAACUUGUUUUGGCUGCCAACAGAACCUCGUCAAUCCUGGCAACAAACCUGGCCCUUGUGUUGCUUGCCCAAAAUGCAAGCAGUACUUCUGCCUUGACUGUGAUAUUUAUAUUCAUGAGAGCUUGCAUAACUGCCCAGGCUGUGAGAGUUUCCGGCAUUCAUAAUCUGCUUUCAUUAAUGAAGAAUGGCAAAUAAAUGCAGCAAGUCAUUGCGUUUUCGUUCUGCCAUGCGGCAGUGGUAUCCUCUCAGCAGUACCUUCAAGCACAAGCACGAGAUUGAGCUAGUUCAGGCAGUGAUGCGUUCGAUGAGCUGUACUGUAAGGUAACCGGAUAAAUUCGGCUAUUAUUUAUUAUGGCAAUUUGGCUUCAAGGUAGUUGUUCUGGCUACAUUACCACACCAUCGAGGAAAUUAAAUUUUAUUGCUAUUUUUCAAGGUUCUCUCGCUUUUUCCCACCCCAAGUUGUUAGUCUUAGGUAAAUACAAGAACAUUGGGUUCUAGUUUCAAAUGUAAGUUAUUUAUUUGUUGUACUGAUGCAUAUUUAGCUUUCACUUUUUCAAUUUUAUAGUUCUUUUACAGUAAGAAUGAACAGUGGAAAGAGCAUUAGGCUGCAUAUAUCCUUUCCUGUUUCUGUGAAAUGAAUGAUAUGCAAUCCGUGAGAAUUCAGUUCUGAGAA